UUUCAUUUACGAAAAUACAAUAAAUCUUGCAUUGGAAUCACUUGGCGCGAUCUCAUCAUGAAGGCCGAAGUCUUCGAUCGAUCGGCUGAGCUUUCUGUAGUUACGGGAUCCAAUCUCGACCCCGAAAAAAACUGGAGAAAGUUACGUCUUGCCCUCUCUGUGAUCUUUGUCCUUUCAUUCUUAAAACCCGUCGAGGGAGCUGCAGAGUAUACAUUUGAGGCCGCCUCUGAUAUUAAUGCCUUCAGUGUUCCAACAACAUCGGCACUUGCGCAAUCGUCUGUACGGUAUAAAGAUGGAUCAAAUUCAAUGAAGUGGACCUGGGCCAGUGGAGAUACAAUGACACACACCUUCUCCCCAGCAAUUUCAGGAAAUGAGCUUAAAAAGGGAGGGAUUCAGCUGUGGCUUUACAAUACUAAUCCACGUGCAGGAGAGAGCUUGGCUGUAUCUUUCCAAAAUACUGCAUCCACCACUGUUACUGUAUCACAGUUCAAUAUUAAGCUGAAUUUUAAGGGGUGGCGUGCUGUGUGGGUAUCCUAUCAAGAAGCUAUUGUGACUAAAAACAAAGAUAUUAAUGUUAUGAAAAUAACUGCUCCUACAACUCAAGCUACCAUACAUCCAUUGUAUUUUGAUCUCUUGCGUUUUGCAAGUGAAGUCAGGAGGCAAAGCCGUGACAAAGUGGUACCACCAAUAGAUCCAAACCUUUACUCCAACAACAACUUCUGGCAGCAAACCUAUCGCUGGAGUCAGGUAUCACCACCAACCAUUUCUGUUACCACACCCAGUCAAGAAAAACUGGACAAUAUGACCCUGAUUGAAAAGCGACUAGAGAAUUGGUUUGUUAAUCAGUCUCAGAGCUCACUCCAGUUUCCAACAAAUGCUCAGAGGAGAUGGAUGUCUUUACAGAUGCAAGUGGAUAAAUGCCUCUUUAUGCCGACAAGUCUAAAGUUACUGGUGGUAAAAAAUUUGGGGAGGUGGUGGAGAAAGUGCUUCUUCCAUUGGCACUGGAUUAUCAUGUGAGAUCACGUGAUGUUGAUGUCAAUGCAUUGGCGGCCGAUCAACUGUCCAACUUGAAUGGAGCCGUGGACCAGAAAAAUGAUGCCAUAAAGAAAAUAGCAGGAGGUAAUCAGAACAUUCAAGACAUAUUCACCACCGCCUUGGGUACCAAUCAAGCAUCUUACACGUUGGAGGAAGUGAAGGUGGCUAUAGGCACUCUAAAUACGAAGCGAAAGGAACGAUUACUUUUCCUUUUGGAAUAUAUUGAAGAUCAAGGUUGGAGCGAUGGUAGUAGUAUUGGUUCUUUGGAUCAUGAGAUGAACAAUGUCGGUGCAGGUUUUAUGAAUGCAGUCUUCCUCCUGAGGAAGGAAAUCACCGCCGCUGGUAAAAUCGAUGAUUAUGUGGCUACAAUGAAGUGGUACAACGAGUUUGGAGAAGUUUAUCAAGACCCGUUUGAAUAUGCUGGUACAACUGCUGAUCGUAUGAGAACCAUUUCAUUAUUCAGGUUGUUUACUGUCCUAAUGAUGCCAACUUCAACAGAUGCUAAAAAGCUUGAUAAAAUUCGUGACAUGGAAGAACUUGUCUCAUGGUACGCCAACGCACUGUCCCCUAAUGAAGGUUUCGCAGGAGUUUUAAAGCCUGAUUACCUUGGAUUCCAUCACAACAGCUAUUAUGCCUCUGCUUACACUCCGCAUGCUAUCCAUUGUGGUGCAUUAAUCGAGUUUCUACUCAGUGGAACACCAUUUAAAUUUAGUGAGGACACAAGCAAGCAUAUUAAGAAAGGUCUAGAGACAAUGAGGAUUGUUGCCGUUAAAUACUCAACUCCAAACAGUGUAUGUGGUCGAUUUCCAGGAUUUUACCGUGCAAUUUUGGCCAAGAAUUUUCCUGCCUAUGCUUACGCCGGUGCAACUGCUCCCAGUUUGAACGCUGAUGGAAGUCUGGGUGAAAUUGCUGCUCUCGACAGUGAUAAGAUCAAAAUGUUUUUACGACUUAACGAUGCAGGCAAUGAGGAUGUUAGCGAUUACUUGGAAGAUGGGACGAUAUUCACAAGUAUCUAUUACCUAAACACUAUUGGUUCGAUCAACAUCAUGGAGGAAAUAAGCUCUAAAGCUGCCUCGAUGAGUGUAGCGGCCGAAAGUUCGCCCCAGGGAUUCUGGACGAAAAAUUAUGCUUCGCUAGUGAUUGCACGAAGAGAAAAUUGGGCGGUAACAAUGAAAGGCUUUAACAAGUAUGUCUGGGACUUCGAGGCCUCAAGCAAUCAAAAUGUUUAUGGUCUUUAUCAGAGUCAUGGAGCACUUCUCGUUGCAAACAGCGAGGCGUCACUUAAAACUCUAGAUAUCGAUAAUGGUUGGGAGUGGACACGACAUCCGGGCACAACAACAAUAAAAAUGGAUCUUGAACAGAUGGUUAGCCAGCAGCGUAGAUAUUUUCAACCCAGGGAACUUGCGGGCGGAUUGACUUUGAUUGGUGGCGGUGAUUAUGCUACAGGGGGCUUUGGAAUGGAUUUCUCACAGCCAAGCUAUAAGUUUCCAGCUGGUUCCUUUCAACUUAACAUCACAUUUGGAUUUAAGAAGAGCGUGUUUUUCGCAGAUUUUGCCGUGAUUUGUCUUGGAUCUGGAAUCACAACAACCAUGAGCUCGCCCAAUAUAACUCAGACCACGUUGUUCCAGACGAAGCUUCUCAACGCAAGCAACCCAUCAUCAAUUCUGAUAAACGAAACAAGUCACUCACUCAACACCGACUUGACAAAGGCGCCGUCCUUCUUUGGCACAGGAAACCAUGCAGCUACACUUAUGGAUGUCAAUGGAAACACUUACUACAUUCCCGACGCGCAUAACCAGGGACUUAAUGUGAAAAUUGGCCUGCAAAAUUCCAGAAACCAAAGAGGUUCAAGGGCUACAUCGGCUCGGUACGCGACCGCAUGGCUCAACCAUGGAGUGAACCCAACGGACAAGGGUUAUGAAUACACCAUAUUGGUUAACAGACCCUCAGAAGAAGUCCGGACUUUGGCCGAAAAUCAAGCUAGUGGCAGCUACUGGUAUCAAGUACUUCAGAGAGACAAUAAGGCUCACGUGGUGAAGAUCAAUAAUUGCCCGAGGCAGGGUGAGACACAGUAUGGAUACGUUUUUUUUGACAAAUCUGUCCGUACCUCGGGUCCAGUAAGGCGCGUCACAAAGGAUCCUUGCAUUGUGAUGGUUGAAGAAGUGGAUACCCAAAACUUGUACAUUGCAGUCUCUUAUCCAAAUCUAAAUUUCAACAUCUCCAGGACUUUGGAUUGGGGCAGUCAGGUCAAUGGGCAAGAAAGGUUUUAUUCUGUUAGCACACCGAUUGACAUAGAGGUAAUCUGA